AUGGAGAAAGGCAAGGCCCCUUGUCCCAGGGAAGCUGAAGUCCAGCGUCUAUUCCUGUCCUACGCCUCGGGGCAGACCAUUUUGCCUGCCAGCGCCAUCGUCAGGUUCCUCAACUUCGAACAGGUGGAGCUCACAGCCAAUGAAGAGACGGCAGAGAGAUUGAUUGCUAUGUAUGAGAUUGAAGAGACAGCCAGAGAAAGUAGGUCCAUGACAUUUGGAGGUUUCAUGAGGUACAUGGAGUCCAAAGACUGCUGCGCGUUCAACCAGGCCCACACGUCUCUUUACCAAAACAUGGACCAGCCUCUCACCAAUUACUUCAUCUCGUCAUCACACAACACCUACCUGACCGGAGAUCAGCUAAUAGGAAAGAGCCACCUGAAUGCCUAUAUUUGUGCUCUGAAAGAAGGCUGUCGUUGUAUCGAGAUUGACUGCUGGGAUGGGCCAGAUAUGGAGCCCAUAGUCCACCAUGGCUACACCCUAACCACGAAGUUACUAUUCAAGGACGUCAUCGCCACUGUGGAGCAACAUGCCUUUGAGGUGUCUGCUUACCCGGUGAUCCUGUCAAUUGAAAACCAUUGCUCCAAGGAGCAACAGGAGGUCAUGGCCAAGUGGCUCAUCUCGAUCCUGGGGGAAAAGCUGCUGAGAUCUCCCUUGGAUCAGCCAACCACUGGGGACCUCCCUAGCCCCAAUGACCUGAAGUAUAAGAUCCUGGUCAAAAAUAAAAAACUAAAGGCUGAAGGCGCAGCAGGGACAGAGGCAGAGGAGAACACAGAUGAGGGCGAGGAUGAGGAUGAUGAUGAGGAUGAGGAGGAGGAGGAAGAGGAUCGUCAAAACAAGGCAAAGUUCUGGUCUCCCAGAAAGGCGAGGUCAAAGAAGAAACAUAGGAAGAAGGUGGCGGUGGCAGAGGCUCUAUCUGACCUGGUUGUGUACACAAGGUCUGUGAAGUUCAUCAGCUUCAGACAUUCAAAGGACAAGCAGAACUUCAAAGAGAACACAUCCGUGGCAGAGAAGAAAGCUCGCAAGCUAGCCAAAGCCUCUGGAGCAGAUUUUGUUCAGCACACGCAGAAGUUCCUCAGCAGGAUUUACCCAGCGGGCACGAGGACGACUUCCACCAACUACAACCCUCAGGAGUUUUGGAACGUCGGCUCACAGCUCGUGGCUCUCAAUUUCCAAACUCGGGACUUGCCUAUGGACCUUAAUAAUGGCCGUUUCCAGGACAACGGGGGCUGUGGAUACGUCCUGAAGCCGGCGGUGCUCGUGUCCAGUCAGAGGAGCUUUGAUCCCAGCUGCAGCCAGCGCAGCGUCAAACCCACAACCCUGAUGCUCAAGGUGAUUAGUGCAUCCAACCUUCCCCUUUCCAGGAGUGGCAAAGCUCUGGACUCCUUUGUCAGAGUGGAGAUUCAUGGGAUUGCAUCUGACUCGUGCAGAAAUAACACACAUAUUGUCAAAAACAACUCUCUGAAUCCUCACUGGAAUACUACCAUGAAGUUCAGCAUCAGUGUCCCCGAGCUCUGCCUCAUCCGCCUCUGUGUCCGUCAGCAGACCGGCUUCUUCAGCAGCGAUUUUGUGGGCCAGUACACCCUGCCCUUCACCAGCCUGAAGAAAGGCUACCGCUGGGUGCCUCUCCGAUUCCGAGACAGAUGCAGCCUGGAUCCAGCCUCCCUCUUCGUCUUUGUUUGGCAUGAAUAAAAACAGCUCUCUAUAUGUCUUAAGGACAUAAAAACCUGGAUGACCUGCAACUUCCUAAUGUUAAA